AUUGAGAUUUUUUUUCUGCAUCGAGUUUUGCACCCGGAAUUGGAGGUUAAUUCCCUAACUUCCCUCGCUUUUGACGUGUCAAGUGGCGGACUACACUCCAUCCUCUUCGACUGUGGAGAGAAAAUUGGAUUCAAAUUCUCAUUCAAUUUGCAGAGCGGCGGGUCGUCGAAAGGGGAUACCACAUCUUUUCCUUCCCCAUAUCUGGAACUCGAUCGGAAGCGUAAAACACAGUACUGCGCGCUGUGCAGCUCGGGAACCGACGUCGACUUCACAUUUGCAGGCUUGAGGGAGACUAUUCUGCUUGUGCAUAGGUAUUUGAGGGUUCGCACAGGCCGUUCGAGAAGUCGAAUCCUUGAGACGGCUAAACGGUACAAUGAGAUUUGUAGUGUACCUAGACAACUGCAUAGAAUUGACCGUCUACUUCAUUUGAGUGAUGCAAACUGUGUUGCGAAUAUACGAAUGGAUCGUAACACAUUCGCACGUCUGUGUUAUCUUCUCACUGAGCGUGGUGGGCUGCAUGCCGGCAAGGUCGUUGGGGUGGAAGAACAAGUUGCCAUUUUCCUUGGAGUUCUUGCACACCACAAAAAGAAUAGGAUCGUUAGGUUUGAGUUUUGGAGGUCGGGGGCUACUGUUUCAUACUAUGUAAACAAGGUCUUUGGUGUUGUUUUGUCAUGUAUUCAAUUUUGCUAUCAAAACCUACACCAGCCAGCGACGAUUGUGCUGAUAAUCGCUGGAAAUGGUUCAAGGAUGGGAGGGAUCAACUGGAGACUCUCGUGUGUUGAGGGAUGCGGUGUCAAGGGAAAAUGGACUAAAAGUCCCACAAGAGAUCCGCCCACACGGAUGUAUAAUCAAGGACAUGGGGAUAGCACGGAAGAUUUGUGGUCGAUAAAUCAAGGAUCUCUGGGUGGAUCAGCAAGCAACGUCAAUCCUAUGAUGGAUCAAGAGAUUCGGGCGACUAUGGAAGGUUUGCCUGAUUGCUCUUGUGGGAAGGGAAAAAUGGAGCUACGAAUCACAUGGAAAACGGCUACAAAUCCGGGCAGGUACUACUGGAAGUGUCCAUAUGGAGGAAAACAUCAGGGAUCCUUCAUGUGGUACGAUGAGAAAGCCAAAUAUAACGCAGCACCUGAAGCCACCGUGGAAGGUCACUUUGGUCAGAAAAUCAAUGCUAUAGGGAAGGCUGCAACGGCAGAUGACCCACGACCAGGUGGUGUUGCGAAAAACCUUUUACUGUGCACCAUAUGUGGGUUGCACAAUGCCUACUCCUCCUUCACCUUGCAUCUUGUGUUCGGUUUCAUGGCAGUUGUGUUGGUUCUCCUCGGUAUUUUGAUUCGGAAGGUCUUGUAAUAUACGAUUGCGUUGGCCGUUUUUGUUUUUUGCUUUUUGCUGCAUAGUCAGGUAGCUGAAUUGAAGCUGAAUCAUCUGCUUGUAAUGCAAAUAUGUUGUGAUCUAUGGGGUCAAAUAUUGGUAUGUGUAUUUUUGUCAAGAAAGUUUAAUCAUUUUACGAAUGAGUGAAAUCGGUGUGUUAGUAAUUUCUAAUGAUUUGUUUG